CAGAGCCACGUCGCCUGUCAGCUGGUGACUCAGUCGAUAGUGCAGACUAGUGUCAACAAAACACCGGGCGGUUUACACAUUUCUGUCAUGCACGUAGUCCGUUUUUUGUGCCAAAAAAUUGACUAAUCUGGGGCACUCGUUGCAGAAAUCAAGUGUCUCUGAUUCAAGAUGUGGGAUAAAAAGGAGAGAGUCCUUGACAACGAUCAAUGGAGAAUUGAGGCUCAAGCUAUCAUCAAUGAUGUCAGAUGUCACGUGAAGGACAUCAAAAUAUCUGAAACGCUGAAGAGCACCAACAGUUCAAUUCAUCUGAAUGUCACGACUCUUGAGGACUUGAGAUUCUGCAUUCAAGUAUCACUGGAGGGCUUCAAAAUCACUGGAAAUGACCACGACGUCAUCACAAACACCGAAGCACAGGUUUUCGAGACGCCUUACAGUUUACUCGAUUCAAUAUCUCCAAUGUAUCGGGAAUCUUUUGGACAUUGUUUGACAGCGAAAUUGAAUAAAUUAUCUGAGGAGCAAUAAUUUACUGAUAGAACUUGUAAGCUAGUCAAAUGGAUUGGGUUUUACUGUCAAUUCCUUUUAGUCGAUGUCUCUAAACUUAGAAGAUUCGAAGGUCCAAUUUGACGUUUCUCAUUACAGAUAAAAUGAUUUUUUCGUGAGGGUAAAACCCAGUAGUCUCUCACCCCAGAAGAAGGAAGAUCCAAUUUGGGAUCAACCCUUUUUUUGCCCAUAUCUUUGGAAAUAUCAUAGCUAGGACAAUUUGGCUGACGCCAUUGGAUUCGUGAGACGAUUUCCGAUUUUUCUAGGGCUCCAGGAAAUUUCUAGAAUCGAUUUUUUCGUUUUUCUCGGCUCCUCAGCCUCCUCCAGCCAAAAAUCUCCCAACCCAUUUAGCCACGUACUCCGUAGUAAUACCUUAUCGACAAGCACGUUCACCAUCGUAGUUCAUGC